GCUGCUGCCACCGCCGCUGCUGCCGCCGCCGUCGCCGCCGCCGCCGCCGCCGCUGCGACCUCCGCGUUCGGGAGUAGAAUUCGGAAUCCCUUGCACCGGGCUAACAAUGAAGCAGAGUUCCAACGUGCCGGCUUUCCUCAGCAAGCUGUGGACGCUUGUGGAGGAAACCCACACCAACGAGUUCAUCACCUGGAGUCAGAAUGGACAAAGUUUUCUGGUCUUGGAUGAGCAAAGAUUUGCAAAGGAAAUUCUUCCUAAGUACUUCAAACACAAUAACAUGGCGAGCUUUGUGAGACAACUAAAUAUGUAUGGCUUCCGAAAAGUAGUACAUAUCGAAUCUGGAAUUAUCAAACAGGAAAGAGAUGGCCCUGUUGAAUUUCAGCAUCCUUAUUUCAAACAAGGCCAGGAUGACUUGUUGGAGAACAUUAAAAGGAAGGUUUCAUCUUCAAAACCAGAGGAAAAUAAAAUUCGUCAGGAAGAUUUAACAAAAAUUAUUAGUAGUGCUCAGAAGGUUCAAAUAAAACAAGAAACUAUUGAGUCCAGGCUUUCAGAAUUAAAAAGUGAGAAUGAAUCCCUUUGGAAGGAGGUGUCAGAACUAAGAGCAAAGCAUGCCCAGCAGCAACAAGUUAUUCGGAAGAUUGUCCAGUUUAUUGUUACAUUGGUUCAGAAUAAUCAACUUGUGAGUUUAAAACGUAAAAGGCCUCUACUUCUAAACACAAAUGGAGCCCCAAAGAAGAAUCUAUAUCAGCACAUAGUCAAAGAACCAACUGAUAAUCACCAUCAUAAAGUUCCACACAGCAGGACGGAAGGUUUAAAGUCAAGAGAACGGAUUUCAGAUGACAUAAUUAUUUAUGAUGUUACUGAUGAUAAUGUGGAUGAAGAAAAUAUUCCAGUUAUUCCAGAAACAAAUGAGGAUGUUGUAGUUGAUCCCUCCAACCAGUAUCCUGACAUUGUCAUUGUUGAAGAUGACAACGAGGAUGAGUAUGCUCCUGUCAUUCAGAGUGGAGAGCAGAGUGAACCAGCCAGAGAACCCUUACGUGUGGGGAGUGCUGGCAGCAGCAGCCCUCUCAUGUCCAGUGCUGUUCAGCUAAACGGCUCCUCCAGUCUGACGUCAGAAGACCCUGUGACCAUGAUGGACUCCAUUCUGAAUGACAACAUUAACCUGUUAGGAAAGGUUGAGCUGUUGGAUUACCUUGACAGUAUUGAUUGCAGUUUAGAGGACUUCCAAGCUAUGCUCUCAGGAAGACAGUUUAGCAUAGACCCAGAUCUUCUGGUUGAUCUUUUCACUAGUUCUGUGCAGAUGAAUCCCACAGAUAACAUCAAUAAUACAAAAUCUGAGAAUAAGGGAUUAGAAGCUACCAAGAGCAGUGUUGUUCAACAAGUUUCAGAAGAGGGAAGAAAAUCUAAAUCCAAACCAGACAAACAACUUAUCCAGUAUACUGCCUUUCCACUUCUUGCAUUCCUUGAUGGGAACUCUGCAUCUGCUAUUGAACAGGGGAGUACAACUGCAUCGUCAGAAGUUGUGCCUUCUGUAGAUAAACCCAUAGAAGUCGAGGAGCUCCUGGAUAGCAGCCUGGAUCCAGAACCGACCCAGAGUAAGCUUGUCCGCCUGGAACCAUUGACUGAAGCGGAAGCUAGUGAAGCCACACUCUUCUAUUUAUGUGAACUUGCUCCUGCACCUCUGGAUAGUGAUAUGCCACUUCUAGAUAGUUAAACUCCCAAGGGACACUGUAUAUAUUCAUCAAAAUGAUGAAGUAUUUAUUUUAAAGUAUCAUUUGGUACUUUGUUUUGUAAAUUACUUUUUGUUUAAUCAGAUGCUGUGGAAUCAAAGCACCUUUGGCUUUUCUCACUAACCACUCUCACAUAGCGUUCAGAUGCUACUUACUCGACUGCCUAGGCAUAUACGUUCUAAUGCACAUUACUGGCAGAUCUUAAGUUCAGUUCAAAUGGCCAUUUUCUCCAGUUGUAAUUGGAAUUUUUUUUUUUACAAAUAUGACCAUUAAUCCCAGCUAAACUUGUUUAUUUUCAAUUGAGUUUAAGUGUCUAGAACUAAAGUAGAAAACUCUGGCCCAGUUACUUUUAUUAAAUAUUUUUCACUUGGCUUAUUUCUAAAACUGGGAACAUAAAGUGCCUGUAUCUUGUAAUAUUUCAUGUCUUUGUUGGUUCAGAGAAAUUUAUUCCUGUUAGCAGAAACGGCAAAGUGUACACGAGUACUCAGUCACUGAUGUGGUACUAGCUCCAGAUACAUAGAGAAUGUGGAGACCGGGUGUGCUGAGCCCCACCCAUUUAGACUAGUUUAAGUAUGUUUUCUGGGUUUUGUUCUUUUGAACCAUGGUAUUUAGUAAAAUAAAUAUGAUGGAUGUCGAGGACUAUUGUUUGUUGAGUCGUCUUUGGAAGUGAUCCCACAUGAAGUGAUUUUUCCUUCUCAUAGGAAGAAGGUGGCUUUAAAUUGUGUUGUCCAUUAUCACACUGUGAGUCACAUCAGGGUCUUUGUGCUUUACCUGGGGUGGGAAAAAAAGACUGUGUAUUGCAGUAUGGGAGGAAUAUGAUGCUUCUGACCUUAAUGUGUUUUAAUGUUCUUUGUUUAAAAAGUAUACUGGCUUGCUUUCUAUGUUUCUAAUAAAGAACCAAGAGAAAAAUUCCUUCUCAUUGUUGCAAAUAAGAUGAGAACAUUGUCACUGGAUGCCACCAAAUGCCAACGUUUUCUACUGCAAUAUAGGACAAGAGAAUCAAAUCAAGUUGUCCCUUUCAAGAACUGGAGAGGCUUUAAGGCCAGGGUACUUUAAAACUUGGAUAAGUCUAUUCUGGCAAAGGGCUAGAAGCAGUGUGGUUAAUACCUACGUUGUACAAUUAUGCGAUAAGGUGUUUCCAGAAUGCUUCUUUGGGCCAUAUUGUGCCCCAGGUAUUAGAAUUUUUCUUCUAAGUGGUAAAAGAGUUAUAAUAAGUUUGCAGGAGAAAUGAAGACUAGCAUUCCUGACUUUUCUGACCUUCCUCACACAGUCCUCCAGUCUAUAUUUCUUCACUGGCUUGCUUCCUUCCUUGACUGGAGAAGUACACACCUUCUAAAAUUACAUUCACAAUAGGAACUGACUUGGCUUUCAAAAUCAGCUUAUAGGAGAGCCACCCAUCCCUCCUGCAUACUUUAGACUAUAAUCAUCUUGAUUAUGAGCUUUUUAGGUUGGUCUGUUAAAGCUUUUAGUGCUCACUGGUAAAAGAAUUAUCUGGGUUGUUUAACAAAGGAUUUUUUUUUUUCCACAAAUACUUCUUUUACUGGGAUAAACAAGAUUCAAAGUUUAAUAAUGGCUCUUGAGCAUCAGUUUUGAUUUUGCUAUCACAAACAAUAUGAAUUUUGUUAUAGUAAAUAUUAUUUUAAGUCUUUCAUAAUUCUGUAUUAAAAUUCUAUUCAUCAGGUCUUGUUUACUCUUUCUGAAACGAAAAUGUCAGAAAGAUACAGACAUGUAUAAAGUAACAGACAAGAAAUGAAAGUAACCCUCGGUGCCAUCAAUCCAAGUCUGGGCCUGGUCUGUUGAGAAGAGUUCAGAGCUUUCCUCCUGUAUAAAGAUCAUUACUAUUGAACAGCCCAGCAAGUAUAGAAUGUGAGUGAGAUUAAGUUGGAGAGCGAGUGUUCUUUCCAAGUGACUCCAAGUUAAUUUAAACCUAUUAAAUCAGCUUAGCAGGUUUCUACUUCUUCCAGGCAGCUGGGGCUUAUCUGAUCUGAUCGAAGCUUGACUUCCUUUUAAUUGGGUACUCUAGCAGGAACAGGCCUAGUGAAUCUGGUCAGUUUCAGGAACUUCCUGAAGCUAUUUUGAGUCUUCCUUCCUACUUAAGAACUUCCUACUAUAGGAUGUAAUAGUUUGAUCUCUGAGGAAAAUGUUUAUUCCAUAAAAUAUGUAUUUGUGAAAAAAAAAACAACCCUCACAUAAAAUUAAGUAUUGCUUUCAUCUCUAGUUGCUUCCAGCAAGUAAUCUGGUCUAGCUACCACAUCCUAUAUACAUGUAUGAUAUGCUGAUUCAAGGGAUG